AUGACUAGUAUGCAUCCGUGUUUGAAUAACAAACCUGUCAGGAUUGCUAUCCUUGGUGGUGAGAGGGCGGGAAAAACCUCCAUGAUAUACCGGGCAACAACAGGGAGGAGUUCCGAGACGUACUACCCUACUACAACAAAUAGACCGACCCUCUUCGAGUUCUACCCGCGCUCCCAGAAAUCCAGAGUGUUGCUAGACACCGAUGCCAAUCUACAUGACCUGCAACCGCUUUUAGAAGACAACACAAUGGUUUUGCCUGUUUCAAUUUUGAAGGCUGACAGUGGAAAUGACAAAACUUCUUCCACCAGUCCCAGAUCCGCGCAUAUACCUGUGAACGACAAUUCGACUCAGGCACCCCAUAAGUCGACAAAACAACAGAGCAAGCUGAAGAAUAGUAUAUACGCCAUACGACACACUCAAGGUGAAUCAUCCCGGGAGAUUACUCCUAUUUUGUUGGAGUUAAUUGACACUUCCCCUGCAAAGCAAGAGCAAUUAAUACCUUUUAUCGAGGCCAGUCUUGACAUCAAGCUGUCUCCUGACAUUCUGCAUAAUUUGGCCACCGAUAUGCGGAGAGAGCAUUCCGUCAAGCCUUUAAUUGUCGGAUCUGGUGCUGGCGAUCUAAAUGGUGCCGUUGAUGGCUACUUCUUAGUUUAUUCCAGUGUUCCCAACAUACUGCCUCCCUCGUAUGAAGUCUCUCCGACAUCCACAACGAGAGCUGAUGGCAAGCGCAAUUCUGACGUGAGUUUUCUAGAAAGUGUGGACGUCAGAAGUGCCAACUCAAAUCCCGUUGAACUGAUCAAGAUGAUAAAAAUUUGCGUGGGAGAAGCAUGGAGAGAGUUUAAGAGGUACAAGAGCGCGUGGGAUUUGGGCAAAGAGGGUGAUAUAUACUCCUUGAGCUACAGCGUCAAGACCUUGUGGAAGAGAAAUAAGAAGAAGCAAGAAUCAUCGAUCCCAGAAGAAGUUCCAAGCGAAAACAUGUUUGACAGAGAGUUGAAAGAUAGGGACCUACCCCCAAUGUGCAUUAUAUGUACCCAUUCCGAUUCCGACAUGAAGAGUCCAAAACUGAUCUCGAGAGGCAAGCAGCUUGCAAAGAUGUGGGACUGUGGAUUUGUCGAGGUGAGCGGGUCUAACGGCGAGAACAUUGAAGAGGCCAUCAGCAUGGUGAUAAGAGAUAUAGUUGAACGCCAGAGGAAGGCAUGA